GAUGGCGACCAUAAACCUCAAUCACUGUUAGCCAUCCAUCUGCACGAUACUACCCAGCCAGACUCCAGCCGCCGCUUCCAGACGCGUCGGCCCCAAGAGACGAGGAACGAGUCUUUCUUCUUCCCCGGCACCGUCGCGGCAGUCCGUUGCUGCCGCUGGCCGCCGCUGUGCGCGUGUCCUCAAGGCUGCCGCUUCCGAUCUUGGAGAAGCAUGGGCGGGCGACCUCAUCUCGGUUUUGGAGAAGCCGGCGUCAUCAGGAGUAGUACAGCACUCGGAAACCUCUCCGUGUCUCUGAGAAUUACAACCAAGAUGAAGACGGGCCCCCAUGGGGAUGCUGGUUUCGGAGAAGGUGUGGUAGGCGCAAGCGCAAGCACCCGCGAAAUCGAAGACGGGGCUCCAUGGGGAUGCUGGGUCUGGCGAGGAUCAUGUCGAUGAAACGCCGGCGGCGGCGGCGGCGGCGAAUCCAGGCCGAUGGAUCGAGUGCUUUAGACAUGGGAAGAAAGGAUUCACGCAGCAGGUCUGGAAGUGCCAAGAGGAGGGGACCACAUCUCACACUGGACAGGCUCCCACGGGAUGUGUUGCAUCAGAUAAUUGCUCUCCUGCCAAUGCAAGAUGCUGCACGUGCUGCCUGUGCCUCACGAGAACUUUUACAGUCCUGGAGACAUUAUCCUGAGCUCAAAUUCAGUGCCAAAACACUAGCCAUGGAUGGACAACACAAUUGUAUACAAGGUCAAAUGGAUUCAUAUAUCAAGAGGAUUGAUAUUGCUCUGCAAAACUGCACUGGUGGUUGGGUGAAGAGGUUUAGGUUUGAACUACAAUUUUUUCAUGAGUUGUCUGCCCAUCAUAUCAACCAUUGGCUUGAUGCAGCUAUCCCUGGGAUCGAGGAGCUCACCCUAGAGCUGCCCCGGGAUGAUAAAAUGAAAUAUAAAUUCCCAUGUAAACUCUUGUUUGAAAAGGGAUGCUCAAUUCAGUCUCUGUGUCUCUAUUCCUGCGCUUUUCACCCUGAUCAAGGAGCUUGUUCCUUCAGAAACUUGAAGAGAGUGUACUUUAGCUUGGUGCAUAUCACCACAGAAGAACUAUGGAUCUUUCUUUAUAAUUCUCUUAGUCUAGAGCAUCUGGAACUUGGGUUUUGCCAUAAGAUAGCUUGCCUUAAAAUACCUUGCACACUGCAGCUGCUUAAUUUCUUGCGGGUCAGACGAUGCAACAUGCUGCAGAUAAUAGUGAGUGAUGCUCCUAAUCUCUCCACCUUUCACUAUGAAGGGCCCCUAAUACAGUUGUCACUUGGAGAUUCACUGCAACUGAAGCAUGUAAACAUAUCAAUCUACCCUUGGUUUAAUUUGUUUGAAUAUGCUCGCAAGCAGCUUCCAACAGUUGCCCCGAACGUUGAAACUCUGUUCCUGAUGUCUGCGAAUGAGGCUGGUAUUUUCUAUCCACUCAUAUUUCAGCCGCAUGGAAGAUUCCUGCACCUCAAGUAUCUGGAGCUUGUGAUUGUUGGACCAAGGAAUUAUGGCUUUGGCUAUCAGUACACUUAUCUGGUUACUUUCCUCAAAGCUUCUCCUGUGUUGGAAACUUUUAUCUUGCACGUGGAGUCUGCUAAAGAGCCCUAUCCAUUGGUUAUUAAUCCUAAAUACCUAAAAAAUCAUUUGCUACCGGAACAUUGCCACCAGAGCAUCAAGCAUGUGACAGUAACCGGUUUUUGCCACACGCAGGAACUAGUGGAGCUGAUAUUUUAUAUCCUUGAGAACGCAACUUCGCUUCAGUGCCUUACACUGGACAACCGAAUUCGUGGUUUUGAGAAGGACUUGGUGGCAUGCAUCACACAAGACGCUGGAACCUGUGAUUAUCAAGAGUGGUGGAAAAAUUUUGGUGCUAAAGAGAUAAUUCUACAUUUUUUUAGGAGAGAAUCUUAUCCAAAGUCAUACUGGGAUGCUUACUGUUCUUAUGUUGCUAUCAGAAAGUAUAUCAUUGGAAGGGUUCCCUCAUCCGUGGAACUGAAGAUAUACCAGUUGUGCCUCCUGAUGAAAUUAUAUCCCGUCUUUCAAAGGUAGAAAGUGAGCUGCUGAAAAGUCCUUAGCAAAUAAUAGUAAUGACAAAGGAUAUGAUAUCUUUUCUGAAAAGUUUGCAACCUUCAAUCAUGCAUGGUAGAUGUUAAAUGAACAGACCCUAUUUGUAAUAAUAUUGUUCAUAAGUUAUGUCAAAAUAACUUUCAGAUACUCUGUUGUAUGCAAUCUGCAAAUCAUCAGUCAAUGGCAUGGCCAUAGGUCGACUUCCAGUUA